AUGGUGAAAGGGAUAAUCGUGCCUACCGUCAACGCUCCUCGCAGCCGAACCUUCUGGAUUGCAGUGAUGACGAAGAUCAUGAGUCUGGGCCCCGUGUAUCACCAGCUCGUCGGUCCGACACAAACGAGCCAGGCCGUUCCUAUGGGAUGGAAAUUCGAUAGCAUGCUCGACUUUUACGUCCUAGGCGCCAAUCCCAAUUUGAUAGCGCUCAUCACGGCACUGAAUGAGUUGAUGUUCCGGUACGGGUGGUAUAUGGUGCUCAUCCUGGUCUGGAUGACCACCUUCUACCUCUUGCUGAAGAAAUGGGAGGCGCUGGCGCGGAUCCGAAUGUCGGAAAAAUUCGUCAGCGUCAAGAACAACAACGACACUCGGAUGUGGGAUAGCAUGAAUGGAUGGAUGACCGUGUUCAUCUAUAGCCAAGUCCCACGCGAGACCGUAUCCUUCGCUGCCGGGACCGACUAUUGGGUGAAGCUGAAGACGAGCCGGGCGGCAACGACCUACCUUUUUAUGCCAGACAGGCCACCGUGGGCGACAACGCAACUCUGA